AUGUCGGUGAACGAUCAGCCCCCCUCCGCGGACACUUCAUUCUCCCAACUGGCGGACCACGCGUGCGCAGCUGAUCUGGACCGCCUGAACCGUCGAUUCAAACGCCUGUCUGACGACGUCCUCCCCCUUCACCCAUACCUGCUCACCAUCCCCACGAAUGCGCCAUAUCGUCUCCGCUCUGCCAACACCAAUUGGGCCGUGGGACCGGGUCGGCCCUUCAGCCCGGACGAGCAGGACCUACAAUACAUGACCUUUCUCACCCAUCACAACACGGAUUCUCUGUUGGUCGCGGUGGGCGAUUGGGCAGACGAGUCGGGUCGCAUGAUGCUCGAUCAACCCUCGGCACUCAAAUCCUCCGCCGAACUCCCACCACCUCGAGAUAGUAGCGCAGUGAAGCGCAAGAAAAUCAGUUUGAACGACUACAAGACACAAAAGACCACAGGGAGCGCUGUGCCUUCUUCCGCGCCCGCAGUGCAUGAUCAACGGAGUCGAGGGCAUUCCAACCUGGACCGGCGCGAAGGCACAGUGCGCGUACCCAAAUCCGACCCCAUCAAGAAGAACAACGAAGCUCCUGCGAGGUCGGACAAGCUCGAAUCACGUCCCUCCAAUUCCUCCAAAGCACCCUCAGAACUCUCCCCAGCCAAGACGGCGAAGAAGCGACCUCCAACUUCAGACGCGGAACCACGGGCCGCUUCGCACGCGAACAAGGAACUGAACAUGCAGGCGUCGAAAAAGCCGCGAUUAUCACCCGACAAAGAAUCACGCAAGGAUACUCUACCGAACAAGACAUUGCCGACAUUACUCUCUCCCACGUUACCACCCUCUCCGGCUCCUGAUCCGGGCCCCGCCCCUCGACUGCCUCGAUUGCUUUCCCCGACCCUUCCUCCCGAAAUCGAAAAGGAGCUCGCCCAGCUCAAGGAGCAUUCUCCGGGCGACACUUCUCCCAAGCGCGAUGUCCCGGCCACAAAGACAAAACGAGACGAACCCAACAAUCACACGCAAACGCCGUCAUCCUUGAAUAGCAGUAGCAAUUCCGCUACACAGAGCAGCCGUGCGAGCGCGACCACCAAAGACACAGAUCAUUCGCAUAGUCUGCUCCGACUUUCUGGUAAAAAGAAAGCCUCCCGCGCGGACUCGCCCUCGGUUCAAGACACGGAGAUGGAAGACGCUCCUCUGGUUGAGAGAAAAAAGGACACAGCCUCUGGUCGAGGAGGUACAGCUGCAGCUGUCGCCGCUCCGGUGGAUCGAGCCAAAUUGAAGAUCAAACACGAGAAGGAUGAUACCGCAUCGACCCCUAGCGCUACUAAUGCCCGCUUCAAGGAACCAAAGCCGUCAACUGAAAAGUCUCACUUGUCCGUCCCGGAGAAGCCCAAGGUGACUUCCACUACACCGGGGAAAGAUGCUAAGGCGUCCUCGGCAGGCCGUCGAAAUGAGCUGCUGGACGUUGCUGAAAGCAAGACGCCUGUGACUCAAGCCUCACGACGACCCUCCGCUGAUCCCGGCAUCAAGGGAUCGCCUGCCCAACCGGAUCGCUCGCGUAAUCAUGAACGGCGGGAACAGGAGCGACGAGGGUGGCAGGAAGAUUUCAAAACAUUUACCAAGAUGGGCCGAGAAUUGAAACACGCUGCCGAUCGAUUCAACAAUGGACCCUCGGCCACGGACGAGAAACUGGCCGUUGUCACUGCCAUCGAAGCCGUCAUGUGUUUCGUUCUGGCUUUCGUCGCCGACGACCAGGGGAAAGCCUUGUUUCGACAGAGCGGAGACUCGUCUACAUGGCGGUCCAUCAUCCCAUAUUGGCGCGUUGUCUACAAGAACAGCGCCUCUUUUUCCGUGCUGCAAAGCUUGUGUCAACUAUUGGGUGCAGUCUCCUACGACACCAUCCACGCACUGGAUCUGGAGCGUCUGGCCGUGACACCACUCCCGGGAGAACACGACCCGGUGCCUACCCCAGGUAGUGAUGGGAACACGGUCCUCGGUGACGACUGCGCCAGCAAGAAGAGCUCCAAGGAAUUCGCCGAGUUGAAGGUCCGUCUUCCUGAAUACUAUCGGGAAUCGCACAAGCUCUGGCUUGACGCUUCUCGGGGGCUUUCGGAAGAUGUGUUGAGCCGAGAUUUCCCGACCACUUGGGCGCGUCGGUCGCAUCGGCAUGCCGAACGAGGGAGGACAUCCUUCAAGGCGGGCAGCUAUGCAGGCGAUUACUUUCUCCCGUUUGGGGCGGCCACACCUCCGAUUGAAGUUGUCCGAUUCGGCUGGGCUUUGCUGAAGGAGUGGUGUUCACGAGAAGGUGUUGAAUGGCAAGGUCGAUUGAAGCUUUGA